UGUUGCCUUCGUACGGAGAAGAGCCAAUUUAUGUAGAUGAACUGUGAGAACCUGUUUUCCUAGAAAUAUGAAUUGUACGGAGUAUUAAACAAAAAAGGGUAGGAUUGGAAAACUACUCCUAUGUAGUGACUUAAAAAAUUACACUCCUGCAAUUUAAGUUUCAUUUAGUAAUUUCCCCUUUUUAGUAUCCCUAUGGCGGUGGUACAUAUAUAAACUGCACAUAAACACCAUCUUUUUCCGGCAGAGGAGGGAGAGAAGGGGUUCAGUGAAGUGCUGCGAUGGCGGAGAAGCCCCAACCUGUUCAGGUUUUGUAUUGUGGAGUUUGUGGUUUACCCCCUGAGUAUUGUGAGUUCGGCGGACCCGACUUCGAGAAAUGCAAACCGUGGUUGAUCCAGAACGCACCCAAUGUCUAUCCAGAUCUUCUUAGAGGAGCUGAUGGAAAAGAAUCAGAUACAGUAGCUGAUCAGUUUCAAGCAACUUCGAUCUCUGAUGCUGGAGCAGGUUCUUCAGCUCCUAAGCAGGAAGAAGUGAAACGCCUUCCAGGUGGAAAGAUAAAAAAGAAAGACAAGCAAGAAGUUGUGAUUGAAAAGAUGACUCGUAAUAAGAGAAAAUGCAUCACUACCAUUAAGGGGCUAGAAUUAUUUGGCAUCAAACUAAGCGAUGCCUCAAAAAAGCUUGGUAAAAAGUUUGCCACAGGAGCCUCUGUAGUUAAGGGCCCAACCGAAAAGGAACAGAUUGAUGUUCAAGGAGACAUAGCGUAUGACAUUGUGGAUUUUAUUACAGAGACCUGGCAAGAUGUUCCUGAGUCUGCAGUUUUCUUUAUUGAAGAUGGGAAAAAAGUUCCGGCUGUAUAAAAUUUUGGAGGCAAUUUCAUGCAAAACCUUAAUAACCUUUGAUUAUGCUAUUGUGGACAUGUAUAUAUGCGAGAUAUUUAAACAAAUUAUCAUAGUUGUGCACCUGUGCUUGAAGGUAUAGAUGGACAUGUGAACAAUGCAACUGCCUUUUGCAUCUAAUUUGACUUGCAUCCUGAUCAUUUUCUAGUUUUUAUCUUGACUGGCAAUUCUUAUAUGUACUCCCAGGAACUCCGGCUUAAAGUUUGUGGCUAGAUUUUAGCAAUCUUUACCUGCUAAGAUGAUGCUUACUGUUAUGCGUAUUGUCUUCAUUUUUUCUCAUUCUAGGUCUGGGUAGGGGUAUAGCCUGUUUUUUGGUUAGGCAUAUAGGAGUACUGGAAUCAUAAAAUGAGGUGAACAGGAUAGCAUUCUCAGAUGGCUUCAACUUUGGCGAUGCUCUAAAGGUUUUCUAGAAAGGUGUGCUAUAUCGCCUCCCAAUGCAUCACUUAUGUUUGUCAGCCAUUCGGUACUAGGACAAGCUCAUCUCCGACCACUGCAUCAAGAGGAUCCCCUUCUACAUUGCACCCUAGGUUCAUUGGAUGGGCGUGCUACAUCGAACAUACCAUGCGCCACUAGGUCCCAGUUCUCUCUUCAUGAAUCAUGAUUACAAUGUCCACAUCUAGAAUUGGUAUUGUGUCGUCCCGACCAAGUUUGUGUCAAACACCUAUUGGGUGAUGGUCGGUUUCAUUAUUCGCUGCAAGAAGUCCAGUCUUGAUUUGUUCCAUUACUUUUCCCAAGUCUAAGCUCAAGUAUAACAAACUAAAAACAAAAAAAAUAUUUGUACCCACUUUUAUACCCACUUUUGUAUCCACCGUGUCUGUGAGGAAUUUUUUUGUCUGUGAAUCUCAGUCACAAACACAUUAUGUCUAUGCAAAUUAUGUUGUCUGUGAAUUGGAUUGACAGACAAAAAAACUUAUCACAGAUAUUGUGAGUACAUGGUGGGUAUAAAAGUGUGUACAAGAAGAAGUUCUCAACUAAAAAAGGUUACCUUAUUGUCA